AACUCAAAUAUGUUAAACUUGAGACGGACUUGAGAGGUGCCAUAGUGUGUGAGAAGUGUCAGCAAUGGAUGACUACGAGAGCGUAUUGCUUGUCAAGUCCGAGGUCUUCGUCUACAAAAUACCUCCUCGAGCCACUAACAGAGGCUACAGAGCAGCAGAUUGGAACCUCGGAACCCCAGACUGGACUGGACGUAUGCGGCUCGUUAACAAAAAAAAUGAGUGUAUCGUCAAACUAGAAGACAAGACGACGGGCGAGCUGUUUGCCAAGUGUCCUAUCGAUAAAUACCCAGGAGUGGCCAUCGAAUCUGUUACAGAUUCUUCACGUUAUUUUGUUCUUAGAAUACAGGAUGAAGGAGGAAGAGCGGCAUUCAUUGGGAUAGGAUUUGGAGAUAGGUCUGACAGCUUUGACUUAAAUGUAGCACUUCAAGAUCACUUCAAAUGGGUCAAGAAAGAAGAAGAAGCAGAGAAAGAGAAAGAAGAGGGAAAACCCAGCCUUGAUCUAGGUUUCAAGGAUGGUCAGACUAUUAAAAUCAAUAUGAAAAUAACAAAAAAGGAGGGCCAAGAAGGAAUCAACCGACCAAAACCCAAAGGAGGUGCAGGUGGUUUAGGGCUGUUGCCACCGCCACCAGGGGGAGUGAAAUUAGCACCUCCUCCAGGUCCUGCAGGCAUAACUACAUCAUCACCUCCAUCUGCAGCUAGUAAUUUAGAUAUACUGGGAGAUUUAUCAGAUGCCCCGAGCAGUCCUGCAUCUCAAACAGGAGCAGGAAGCGGUACUGGUGAAUCUUGGGGUGAUUUUGCCAGUGCUGCUGUCAAGCCACCACCUCCCAGUAAUCCACCAAGUGGAGGCUCUGGAAGUGGCUGGGUGACCUUUUAAGCUUCCAACAUACAUGGACAAGUUCUGUUGCAGUUACUACAAGAAAACAGUGCAUGAAGAACAAUUUUCCAUCUGUAGAUAGUAUUCUUAGGUACUUGAAAUGGAUGUCUCAGUGGUACAGUUACUUGCCAUGUACAUAUGAUUCUAGUUUGUUAUAUUGAUCUAUUGGGAUCUAAACAAAAAAUGUUUAAGUUUUUAUUUUUUAUUUUAUACAUUUAAUGAGGUGUGCUGGAAUAUUUAGCUGAAAGUGUUUUCACAUUUAACUUGAAAAGCUAUUACAUUACAGUACUGUAUUUCAGAGUUUAUGUAAACACACAAGCAUACAGUAUAUGCAAAAACUGUGCUUUCUCCCACAUAUAACACUAGAUCAUUGGGAAGCAUUAUUUUUUAAAGCACUUUUUUUUUUAUUCCCAAGUGUUUCAAUAAUCAAUAGGUUUAAGAGAGCCUUAACAUACUUAGAAUCAGGUUCUUCAUCGUUUCUAGUGUGUUGUUUAACAUUUUAAAUCGUUCAUAGCCUUAGACGUAAACUAGGUGCAAUUCUGAGGCAUUAUUCAAAGAUUUAUUCUCGAGCAGCUUGUAAAUCGGUGCAUUUAUUUUGUUUGUGUUAAACUUGUGUAAAUUGGGAGAUUAAAUAGAACUCUUCAUGAGGCUGUGUAGAACUACAACCACACCAGGCACCUUAGGCCCACUUGCUCUUGGAUGACAUUUAAUUGGAACCAGCUGAUUAAACACCAUUUUUGUUGAUAUAUUAACCAGUGUACUUAAGACGAGGCAGUUUUCUCUCAUUUUUAUGAUAGGGUUGAGGUAGCCAUUGUAUCUACUCUUUAGUCUCUUACUUGCUGGUAUGAAUUUUGCUGGUCAUAUACCAGUAGUUUUCUCAAAAAUAAAGAUCAAUCCGAUUUUAUAUUUUAUUUUGCAGACUGAAUAUUAAAUGUCAUAAACUUACAGUAUGUGAGUUUAAUUUGGCCAGAAAUGUGAAACACUUUGGAUAUAUAUGAUUUUGAGUUAUACUGAUGACAAGGUCUUCUGCCAUCACUGACCUCUUGGUUAACAAUUGUUGUUUAUACAAAAAUUUGGUUUCACAAGAAAUUGGUUAUGAAGUAUUUACUGUAUAUUAUUUGAAAGUAAUCUUUUAUUAGCAUCAAGGUAUGGACAAUAAAGGUAUCAUAUAUUGUUGGCAUUAAUGAGUAAAUGAUUUAAAUACAGAAAUCUAUAAGUAGUCAUUUAUUUCUUUAUUUCUGAAACCACUUAACUAGUCUAUCAGAUAGAGUAGAAGUUGCAUACAUCAUACUUAAAUAUGAGCAAGAAGUCACUUAAUAGUAUAUAAAUGUUCCAUUUUCCUUGUUUUAUUAAAAUUACCUGGCUGGUUAUUUUAUUUUUGCAUUUCAAGUGUACUUAAAUGAUUUCAUUACAAAUGACCCUCUUCAGAAAUGUUCUUAUAUUUUAUUAUUAAAAAAUAUAAGGUGAUAAUUAAACCACUGAAGUGGCUCUGUAGAUGUGCAUUGUUUGCUCAGUAUAUUUAACAUUUGAUAUGGAUGCUGAGAACUGUAUGAACUUGGCCUCAUUUGUGACUAAACCACACUUUGGACUGGGUCAUGGUGAUCAACCCCUAAUGCUGGGGUAGGUCUAAAAAUCAGUGAUGUAAUAAAGAUUUUUGGGAAGUGUGUGUGUGUGUGUUCCCAAACAGUCAGUUGACCUAAGAAAAAUUCUUAAUAUUUGUUCUGAUAAAUAUUUUGUUUACAGUUAAUGCUGAGCAAAGUAUAGUUAUAUACCUAAGGAUGUUAGUCCAGGUGAAACUUUCUCCCUGCACUUCCCAAAAUAUUAAGGAUAAUUUAGAAUAUAUUGAAACAGAGAAAUGUUCCAGUGCAAAGAAAAGCAUUCCUGCUAAUAUAGAUGUAGCAUCUUUCCCAGACACUUCAGCUGACAUUUUCAGUUGACUUUUAAAGGUAUAGAUGAAUAAUUUGCCAAAGAAGUGAUGUUGGUUUAGCUAUCACUUAGGCAAAGCAGUCGCCAUGUGUUUGUACUGAUAAAUGAUUUUGGAAAGGAUGAGGAUUGUCUUGCAGCAACAAUAUACAAGUGGUAAAAUACAAGAAAAAUGGUUGAAGACAAAAAUAUUCAGUGGAAUUUCAAUGUGGAGAUGAAAAACCCAUAUCUGACCACUGAGUGGUGCUGCAGUGUGAGAAUAGACUCGGGAGUGUAAAAUAAGUUUGCCCCUUUAUAUUCCGAAAGGUAGUGUUUUCAUUUGGCAGCCGAGGCCGGGCUGUUUACUAUCUGCUUAUACACACACACCUACAGUUGCAUGUGUGAUGUACAAUUCCUUGGCUUAUUAAUUUGGUACAGUAACAAUGCAAGUACAGUACACUUGCUCUGAUGCAUCUUUUACAAAUUAAUGUUACCUAUUUAGUGUUCAAUGCUAAUUCAUCUGUGUAAGUCAUUGAGAUAAACCAUAUCAUGCAUAAUACAUUUCUGAUAGGGGAUGAUUAUUUUCUUUGGAUUACAUACUUUGACUCCAUUGAAUUGAGUUACAAAUUGUCUUACUUAGCUUAAAAUGGUGGAAUAUUGAUCUAUAAUUAUUCCAUGUUUUAUAUUUUCAUUAUAAUGAAAACCGAGAUGAUUCUUAUAAAUUGUUACGUAUCGUUAAUUCUGAACAUAAUAUUGUUAUUGGCAGUUGUGCAGAUAUAGUGAAUGAUGUAUGGUAUAUAUCGUAUAACUAAACUAUUGUUAUCAGUAGGUAAUUAAGAACGUGUUACUGGUGUGAAUCAUGAGCGUAAAUUUUGUUAGGUUAGUUGUAUAACGACCUUUGAAUUAAAGGAAACCCGUGCUUAUUUAGUUGUUAAGUCAAAUUGUUUAGAAUAAUAGAUUGAGAGAUUCUCAGAAGACCUGAAGUAUUGCCUUUGUUGUCCCAAAUUUCCUUCCCUUGUAGGGAAGUUAAUUGUUGUACUGUACAGUAUUUUGGAGUUAAACUAACUACUUAGUAAGCCAGUCUUGUCAUGUUUAAGCAGUGUGUGAUCCUGUAUCAUUCCUGUAUAUAAACAUUGGUGUAAUGUUAGAACCCCAUUUUCCCUAAUAUUACUGUAGAAAAUUUAUAUAUUGUGUUCAUUUUGUAAGAAUUACUUUAGUAAUGGAUAUGAAGAAUAUCAGUUUGUGUUCAUUGGAAUUAAAAACAAAAUUGUUUUUCGUAGUAAUGAUUUUAUAUGGGGAAUGCAACUUCAUGCUUGCCGUGUGGUGUGUGCCUUGAGGGUGAAACCUGUCAGUUGAGGGAAGCAAUAUUAUAAUGUACUGUGGAGAGUGUGGUUAGUGAAUUCUCCACUGUUGUACAUACCUGGAGGAUAAGAUUGGGUUCUUCCCUGUUGUAUGUUCUCAGAGGAUAUGAUUGGGUUCUUCCCUGUUGUAUGUUCUCAGAGGAUAUGAUUGGGUUCUUCCCUGUUGUAUGUUUUGGGAGGGUAAAAUAGGUUUUUUCCUGCUGUCAAAGUAAUACAGACAGGGAUAUAGAGAAAUGUCAAGUAGAGUACACUUUAUUGAAGGUGACAUUUCACCUGUAAGAAUUUUUAUCAAAUUAAAGCCUUAUUCUCUACUCGGUAUUUCUUUAAAUCAUUCAUGGAACUUUGUGCUCCAUUCAACCAAAUGACCAGGAAUAUUUUGUUUCCUUUUUCAUCAAUUUUACACUGCAAAUGCUGUGCAAGUUAUUUGUACAAAAAUAUAUAUAAUUAAUUGCCUUGGUAGGCGAUUUUAAAGAAAUAUAAAUGGUCAUUGCCUUCUAAAGCUGAGAUACAACCUUAAAAGUGAAUACAGUAUAGUUCCCAUUUCCCACAGGAAAACUCCCCCACAAAAGUGAGACGUUGUACAUGCCACCAGAGUUAUGGGUAAAGCAUGUGAUGCAGCCAGGUGCAAUAUACCGUGUUCAAAAAAGUUGAGUGAAGAUUGGUUAUGGUGAUUCAAGUGGAUGAUACGAGUUAUGCAAGAACAUGAUGAACAAGGUCUGAGUGUGUUAGGGGUAUUUUCUUAGAUGAUUCAAAAUUAAUAAAUUUUAGAUUAGGGCAGAGGAUCAUUUUUGCAUGAUAAGGUAUUUUCCUAGAUAAUAUUUUAAGUCCUUAAUUUUUGCAGUGAAUAAUUUUUGUAAAAGUGAAAAUUUGGAUGUUCAAUUAACCUAAUAAGAGAGUUGAGUGUAAAGGAGGUGUGGUAAAGUUGAAGGGUUUAAUCUGAGUAUAGCAGAGAGAAGGUUUAGUGAGAGUGCUCUUGAAUCUCGUCAUUUAAAUUGGUGGUUUCCAAACUUUCUUGGAUAAACUCAUCCCAGUGUCCCUUUUAACAGGGCGGUCAUAAAUAAGUGAUGAAGACUUAUCACUUGGAGGGGCUCGCCUCCUUGGUGCCCUCUUAAGUCAUCCCAUUCACUUUGGGACCUACUGCUUUAAAUGAAAGUGAAUUUAUGGAUAUAGUGCAUGAUUUGUGUAUAUGAUUUCCACACCUGUCAGUUGUGUAGGCUGCUGCUCUUGGGGUGGGCAAUUGUAGCGUAAUUCAUAGUUCCCAAGUAGUUGAGAAGUUGUGUGUGCACAGCAGAUUAUAUGAACACUGUGCAUAUGGUAAUUUAUCUAACCGAAUGGAGUUUUUAAGAGAAAAAAAAUGGAUUUAUUGCAAUCCUUAAUGAACCCGAUUCUCCUUGGCAUUCUGCAAAAAUAAGUUCAAGUUGCAUUAAGAAUUUCUUACAUUGUGCUUUUACUGAAAAGCUGAAGAGUUUUUUUUUAUAUAUAUUUGGAUUAAUUGCCCUAAAUUGUGUUAUAAUAUCUGCCCUCUAAAGAAAUUUAGAAGAAUUUCCAUGUUUAUUUUUUUUGCCAUUUAUAAGACAAAUCAUCAACUUUUAGCUGUCUAAUGUUGACUGCAAGUCAUCAUGUAAGGUAUAAUUAACUGACAUUACAAUAAAAAAUUAAAAACCAUUCAUUACCAUUUUCUUGAGUAUUUUAAAUACUACAUUAUUUCUUAUGAUGGUAGUCAGCUUUAGUUACAAGAUAGUAACACAUGCCGAGGUCAGUUCAUUUGUUUAAAAUGGAUCUUCAAGCAGGUUCGUGAACCACUAAAAGUAUGCAGUAGCAUUUCUAAAGGAUGAAUGGAGGGCUGGCUGAAAUUUAUUUGUGCUAACCCAGCCUCGAUAAUUGGAGGUACGAUUGAAUGGUGUGAUAAUGCAGAAGGUACCUGGUGAGAAGACGUUUUGAGAACCUCUGGUUUAAAGGGAUAGUAGUUGUGACAUCAUUGUUUUGUCAUGAGCAUAAUAGUUUGACCAGACCACACACUAGAAGGUGAAGGGACGACGACAUUUCGGUCCAUCCUGGACCAUUCUCAAGUUGAUUGUGAAUCGACUUGAGAAUGGUCCAGGACGGACCGAAACGUCGUCAUCCCUUCACCUUCUAGUGUGUGGUCUGGUCAGACAACUUCAGCCACGUUAUUGUGACUCAUCGCCUGCAUGAGCAUAAUAGAUUUUUUAUUAAAUGUCUCUAUGGUGUACUAAUGUCAAGCAAAACCCUGGAUGGAACUGUCCAUUAAGAGAAGCCAUAUCCCAAGUUUGGAUGUUUAUGGCUGUCAAUAUAUCUAUGCAAAGCAGCUACCUUCAAUUGUAUAACUUUGUUAAUAAUAUAUUGAUCCCUCUUAUAAAUUUAGAUAAAGAAAAUAUCAAAUUAAUUGGAAAUAACUGCAUAAAGGAAAAUUUAGCUUACAUUGAUAUAUAUUAGUGGUCAUUCAAACAGAAAUAGGCAAAAAGCUGGAUAUUAUAGCUUUCUGUGGCAGAAAAAGGCACAGACUUGGGGCAUAAUAUUCAAAUGUUAAUUCACUGUCACUUUUACUAGUACUGUACUGUACUAUUGUUUUUUAACUGGUUUUAUAUAAACAUGAAAUGAGGUGUAUAUAAUGUAAUUUUAUUUUUAUUGAGUAAGUUAGGAAUAUAUUUCAAGCAAAAAUUGUCAAAUUAUUUUUAUUUAAAUUUACAAGUAAUUCGUUGGGGAGUUUCCAUUGUGCUGUAAGGUGAAAAAAUUCAUGUUAAAACACUGUAAGCUGUCUGGUUUGUCAUUCAAUAAAAUAUUAUCUGAGAGCAUUGAGAAGGUAAGACUUGAGGUUGUGGUGUGGUUUUAUCGAAGGUCAUCCUAAACCUAUUGUAAUGUAGAAACAAACACUGUAUAUAUAAAGUAAUAUGUGGAUGAGAAAAGUCUCUUAAUAAAAUUACCUAUGUAUCUCUUAAGGGUGAUGCAAGUCAUUGCUUUUUAAUUGUAAUGCAACAAGUGUGUGCUCUUAUUUUGCGGCUAAAAAUUUAAUACCAGCAUAUAAUAGUACUGUACAUAUAUCUGUAUAUCAGUGUACAGUGUUUAAAUAAUUUACUGAGCUUUGUAAUUCUUGCUCAUAAAAAUAAGUUGAAUGUCUUUGACAUGACAGGUGCAGCAACAUGUCUGCAACAAUGCAAGUAUCAGGCAGAACCACAUUUCUCAUACUAGAUCCUGCAAGGAGAUUGUGUCUUCCAUAAACCUUUAUUAUUUUUUCCAAGUUUUAUUUUCAGCUCUUGAGUAAACGAUUAUAUAUGAUGUCUUUGCCAGGGUAACUUCUAUAUGUAAUGCUUUGGAGAGACUACGGACUUUAGUGGUUGUGCAGACAUGAAUAAAGACUAAGUUGGC